GCAGUAGCGAUGUACGGGCACGCUGAUGAAACGCUGUGACUGUCUGCAUUUACGGGCUGAGGCCGUUCACGUCGUUUAAUUUUAUUAACGAUUACAUUAAAAACAUUGCUGAUACACAACGCGUUCAACCGCCGUCGUAAUAAUCCAGGUCACACAGUCUGCAGCAUCACUGAGAGCGAAGCAUGCCGGCACUAAGCUGUAGGUUUUACCAGCACAAGUUCCCGGAGGUGGAGGAUGUGGUGAUGGUGAACGUGCGCUCCAUCGCGGAGAUGGGCGCCUACGUCAGCCUGCUGGAGUACAACAACAUCGAGGGCAUGAUCCUGCUGAGCGAGCUGUCCAGGAGGCGCAUCCGCUCCAUCAACAAGCUCAUUCGCAUCGGCCGCAACGAGUGCGUGGUGGUCAUCCGAGUGGACAAAGAGAAAGGUUAUAUUGAUUUAUCUAAAAGAAGAGUUUCUCCAGAAGAAGCAAUCAAGUGUGAAGACAAAUUUACAAAAUCCAAGACUGUUUACAGCAUCCUACGCCACGUUGCGGAGGUUCUGGAGUACACGAAGGACGAGCAGCUGGAGAGCCUGUUCCAGAGGACAGCCUGGGUCUUUGAUGAGAAGUACAAGAGGCCAGGAUACGGUGCCUACGAUGCCUUCAAGCAGGCCGUCUCAGACCCAGCCAUUCUGGAUUGCCUUGACUUGACCGAGGAAGAAAAGAAUGUACUAAUUGAUAACAUCAACAGGCGGCUCACUCCCCAGGCAGUCAAAAUCAGAGCAGAUAUUGAGGUUGCCUGCUAUGGAUAUGAAGGAAUUGAUGCAGUUAAAGAGGCUUUGAGAGCCGGGCUGAGCUGCUCCACAGAGGCCAUGCCUAUUAAGAUCAACCUGAUCGCUCCCCCCCGGUACGUCAUGACCACCAUGACUCUGGAGAGGACCGAGGGCUUGUCCGUCCUCAACCAGGCCAUGUCUGCCAUCAAGGAGAAGAUCGAGGAGAAGAGGGGCGUCUUCAACAUCCAGAUGGAGGCCAAGGUGGUGACGGACACUGACGAGACGGAGCUGGCCCGGCAGCUGGAGCGGCUGGAGAGGGAGAACGCGGAGGUCGACGGGGACGAUGAUGCAGAAGAGAUGGAGGCUAAAGCUGAGGAUUAAACCCCUUCAAACAAGGAGACCCCAACCAGACCGACACACAACACGGACUGAACCCAGUAUUGAAUUCAUCCCAAAGUACUUCAGCUGAGAGUAUUCGAAAUACCAAUGCGUAAAAAACAAAAAUAAACUGUUUAAUAACCUAGGAUUUUAUUGCCGUGACACUGGCGGCAGUGCGCUUCCUUAUUCAGACCCUUUCUAAAGAAGUUCUUCUUAUUCUGCUGUUGAUGUUGAAUUAUCAGGGGAGGGAGAGGCUGGGGAUUACAUUUCAGUCUGUCAGGAUUCAGUGCUUCAAUAUACAUGAAGUGCUUUGCAGAGAGAUGUUAUUGCAGCAGAGUUGUCUUCUGAUUGAAUACCUAUUAAACCAAUAAAGCUCUGGUACAUUUCAUUAAAAUUA